AUGCGAUACUUCGACUUUACGAAGCUUUUUGAUAAUAAAGCUAUGAUUAUACCCGUUACCUUUAUUAAGAACGGCCUUUCGUAUAAAGUAUCUGCUUUGCUCGACUCAAGAGCUAAUAAAAACUUUAAAAUCAACGGCGUCUUCGGACACGCCUUUUAUAUAAUCGCUCCGCUAACACGCUUUAUUAACGGCUUUAUUUCUACUAUUAACUUUGCAGCAGAACUAUUAAAGCUUAUUAACGACCUUCUUAUCUUUUUCGAGUACUUCGAUUACGCAUACGUAUUUUUUAAGGCCGCUAGCAACGUGCUAGCAUUAUACAAGCUUUACGAUUACAAAAUCGAGCUUUUCGAAGAAAAGGAAAAGGCGCUUCCGUAUUCACUAUUAUACAAGAUGUCGAUCCUUAAACUAGAGCUUACUAAAGCCUACUUUAUCGACAACCUUAACAAAGGCUUUAUCGAACUUUUAAUAGCGCUAUUUGCAGCUUUAGUCUUGUUUGCUAAGAAGCAAGACGGUUCCUUCCGCUUUUGUAUUGAUUUCCGCGCGCUAAACAACCUUACUCGUAAAGAUCGAUACUUCCUCUUUUUAAUCGAUAAGACCUUCGCACGUCUCUUAAGAGCUAAAAUCUUUACGAAACUCGAUAUUCGGCAAGCCUUUUAUAGAAUACGAAUAGACCUAGCUUCCGAAAAGCUUAUAACAUUUAAAACACGCUACGGCGCUUAUAAGUCUUUCGUUAAGCUUAAUUACGUCGUUUACGAUAAAAAGAUGCUAGCUAUUAUACGCUCUUUUAGUAACUUCCGCGCCGAAUUCGCCGGCUCCUUUUAUUAA